AUGCCGAACACUCCGUUUUCAAGUGUCAAGUUGUCAUGGGGUUGUUGUGAUGGAGGUUCUGCUCAUGAUGCAUUCCUGCGUUGUACUAAUUGUAAAAAAGUUUAUCACAAAUCUUGUCUUGCCUUACCUGAAAAUCAGGACAUGACAGAGUCAUUAUAUGGUUGGAAGUGUCCAUUAUGUACAAGUAAAGCUCCGAAAUCAGGGAAGGAUGAUAAUAUGCCAGUAAGGAACAUUACUGUCAGAGGAAGCAAGAAACAAUCAUAUUCCCCCCCGUGCAAAAGCAGCGAUACCCCAGUGACUAGAGAUGAAGUAAAAGAAAUAGUGCAGACUGUGAUACAGAAAGAAAUGGAGAGCCUCUAUAAUAAAAUAAGUAAAAGUGUAUUAGACACAUUGAAUAAGCAGCUAAAGGAUGUAAGUGAAGAAUUAUCAAAAAUGAAGGAAUCUAUGGAGUUUAUGAACGCUGAAUUUGAAGAGUGUAAAAUGGAAAGUUUAGCUAUGAAAAAAAAGUUAUAA